AAAAUGAAUAAAAUACCUUAGCCAUUACUGAAUUCAACAUCGUGUGUGCUUCCUGAAAAAGAUAAGAAGGUACAGUUGAGCAUGCUCAGAUAAUAAACAAAAAAUAAAGGCAGGCAAGCAGCUUCCUGGAUCUUGCUUAUUGAAGACGCAACUGGCCUUCUCUUGUCAACGUUUUGAUUGUCAAACUUACGCAAAACUCUUUUACUGUCGGCUGUCCAGCGAAAAGAUUGAAAGACAGUGUGUAGCAGAAAAUUAAGGAACAGGGAAGGCAGAGAGAGAGGGAGAAAAUGGAAGGAGAGAUUUACAACGUCUUCAAGGUAUGCAUCACAGCUUUGAUGUCUCUGUGCUAUUGCUACAUAGUUGGCAGGAUCAUCCCAAAAGGUACUCAAAGACUCUUAGCGAUACUACCCGUUGUGGCUCUCUUUCUUUAUCUUCCUCUCAAUCUCUCGGCAGUGAAUCUUACAGGCCAAUUUGGCUUCAUCCUUUCAUGGCUUGGCAACUCCAAGCUCCUCCUCUUUGCCUUCGGCAAAGGGCCUUUAUCUUCAGAUCCUCCCCUUUCUCUUCCAUGCUUCUUGGCCAUUGGUUGCUUACCCAUCAAGAUCCAACAGACGCCACUUCAAGAAUCACCUCAGAGGGGACACAGCACCAAAGAUCACACAUUCCCACCUCAAAAAGGCCAUAAAAAAGAAAACCCACUUCCUCAAAAUCCUGAAAACAUAAGACAUAAAGCUAUCUUGUUCCUGAACUAUCCCACAAAAGCUUUGCUUUUUCUGAUGCUAUUACGAUUAUACGAUUAUAGUGAUCAUUUCCAUCCAAACCUGAUGUUGCUACUCUAUUGCUGCCACAUAUAUCUUUCCCUUGAGUUGACCUUAGCCGCCAUACAAGCCGCAGCUCGAGCAGGCUUCGGGAUGGAGCUGGAGCCCCAGUUCCGUGAGCCGUACCUCUCGUCUUCACUUCAAGACUUCUGGGGGAAGCGGUGGAACCUCAUGGUCACCAAAAUCCUGCGAUUGACCGUAUACGAACCGGUCCACAACGCUGCGUCAGCGGCUGUUGGGCGCAAGUGGGCGGCACUGCCCGCAGUGAUGGCCGCCUUCCUGGUGUCGGGCCUCAUGCACGAGCUGAUGUUCUUCUACAUGGGGCGCAUGAAGCCCACUUGGGAGGUCAUGUGGUUUUUCGUGCUCCACGGGGCAUGUUUGGUGGUCGAGAUGGUGGUGAAAAGGAAGAGUGGCGCGAAGUGGCGGUUGCCGAGGGCUUUGACAGGUCCGAUGACUGUGACAUUUGUGAUGGUGACCGGAUCUUGGCUGUUUUUUCCACAACUCCUGAGGGAUGGUGUCGACAAGAAGGCGUUGGAAGAGUACGCAGCUGCAGGGGCGUUCAUCAAGGACGUCGGUCGAGCUGUGAUGUCUCGGAUUUUAUAGAAAAUGUUGAUUCAAUGUUUCAUGAUUCUAACUAAUCAGAGGGUUGGGAAUAUUACCUUGAGGCAUUCUUUGCCUAAAUUUGAUGGAAGGAAAUGGGAGGUAAUAUUUGGAAUAGGUCUCUCUUGUUUCUUCAUGUGAAUUUCAGCAUCGAUUUUCUUUCUCUUUCGCUUUGUUAUUCCUAGGGCUGAUUCAUGCAAUGCAAGAUGAUCUUUAUCAU